AACACAGACACAAAGUCACAAAUGGCGGCAUCGUAAAGAUGUAUGAAAACAAAUAAUCGCUUUUUGGCGUUAAAUUAAGGUUAGGUAUAAGGUUAUAAGUGUGGCUAAGGUUGUUAGGGUUAAAAUCUGAUUGUAAUCAAUUGUAGAAAUAGCGGGGUUUAGCCAUAAUUGUGACUUUCUGGCUGUGUUAAGUGACGACCUUUUUGGGUAGCGUCAACUACUACACUGCGCCUGCGCCUUGCCAUUUACGUGCUGCGAGUCUCAAAAAAUGCCGAUGUGGCAUGUGUAAACGGAUUUAGGGAAACAAGUUGGAGAAAAGUGAGAAUAUAGUUGCAAUGGAACUUUUUCUCUUGUGCUUCUUUUGGGUGUGCAGCUUCGCUAUUGCAGCCGAGGACGAAAGACUGCCCAAUCGAUGCGAAGUGUGUAAGUUCUUGACGGUGGAGCUCCAGGCAGCCUUGGAGAAGACAGGUCGGUCCAAGGAGGUUCUGGAGCUGGGAGCAGUGCUGGACACGGGUAAACGCAGACGCAAGAUCAAAUACAAUACCUCGGAGACCCGUCUGACAGAGGCAGUGGAUAACAUCUGUGAGGGGAUCCUACAGUACAGCGUCCAUGCUGAGAGACCUGGCAGCCUCCGAUACGCCAAGGGCACCAGUCAGACCAUGGCCACUCUGAAGAACCUGGUCCAUAAGGGGGUGAAGGUGGAGCUGGGGCUGCCCUAUGAACUCUGGGAUGAACCCUCAGUGGAGGUGUCCGACAUGAAGAAACAGUGUGAGACGAUGCUAGAGCAGUAUGAGGAGGUUGUGGAGGACUGGUACUUCCACCACCAGGAGGAGAGGCUGGAACGCUUCCUGUGUGAGACACACAUCCUAAAGACCUCUGAGCAAGAAUGUCUACAGGAGGUUUGGAAGGGUGACAUGGGAACGAAGGGAUCCAAAGAGGAGGUAGCAAGCGAAGGAGAGGGAGGAGGGAAGACACACGACGCAGGAGAACUGUGAAAUCAUCCAAAAUGGCGGAGUGAAAGUCUCUCUAACAGAACUACCCCUCCCUCCUUCCCAAAUGGUCAUAAGCUAUUUGGAGUGGAACAUGGUUAGAAUGCAUGGAGAGUAGUUACAAAGUUACAUUCAACAUCAAUAAUACUGUAUGUAGCAGACCAACCAACUAAACAUUACAUUUCCUAUCUCUGCAUAGACUAUGAGCCUCCUGUCUUGUUCCUCUGAAAGCCAAAAAUGAGCUAAGUCAAGUCUCCCGGACCUUACAGUGCUUCACCACUCUAUUAUUAUACACUAUAUAUACAAAAGUAUGUGGACACCCCUUCAAAUGAGUGGAUUUGGCUAUUUCAGCCACACCCUGUU